CAAACUCAAACCACUACAACCACCAUAAACUAUCACUCUCUUCUUUGUAUCUUCUUUCAUAUUUCCUAUCCAUGGCUACUGCAAUUGUACCAGCAGGUGGCAGGGUACAGGGGGCUAGGGGAGACAGACGCAUGUUCGCAACGUCGGACGACAAUGCGAUGAUGAAGCAAAUUCAGGCAACCCAUGCUCCCGAUGGCCGUGAAGUCGAUGUGAAACCACUCAUUCAUGUGAUUGAGGACAUCAUGCACCGUGCCACACCUCCCAUUCCUGGCCUUGGCCUUCCUCCUGUUUCAACUUCUCAGGCACAACUAGACGCAUUGGAGGACAGGACCCUCCAAAAUGGCUUCACUGACAUGCUCGAACUUUUGGCAUACCCUAUCAAUAGGAUUUCUUGCGAGAUCUCGUGCAAGUGUUCAGGGGGUUCAGAUGCACACACAACAACUCUAGCAGUUUUCAACGCACUGUCAAGCUACUCAUGGGAAGCCAAGGUUGUGAUAACCUUCGCAGCAUUUGCUGUGAACUACGGUGAGUUCUGGCUUGUUGCCCAACUUUACCCAUCUAACCCACUUGCCAAGUCUGUGGCCCUCCUCAAGCAACUACCUGACAUGCUCGAGCGUGCUGACUCUUUGAAACCGAAGUUUGAGGCACUGAUCAACCUCAUCGGGGCAAUGUUGGAUGUGACCAAGUGCAUUGUCCAGUUUAAGGACCUCCCCCCUCAGUACAUCACCCCGGAUACACCGGAGAUGCUAGCCGCCACCGCUCACACCCCCACCGCCGUUUACUGGACUAUUCGGAGUGUUGUGGCAUGUGCUUCUCAAAUCAUGAACCUUAUUGGCAUGGGACACGAGUACAUAGCAUCAACUACAGAGGCAUGGGAACUUUCUAGUUUGGCUCAUAAGGUCAACAACAUACACAGCCACUUGCAGAAGCAAUUGGCUCUUUGUUAUCAAUACAUUGAUGAAAAAAGGUAUAUUGAAGCAUUUCAGAUGCUUGUUCGCCUCUUCGAGAUGGCACACAUCGAUAACAUGAAGAUCCUCAAAGCUCUGAUUUAUGCUAAGGACGAUCAACUGCCACUUGUUGAUGGUUCUACUAAGAAACGGGUUAGCAUUGAUGUGCUAAGGAGAAAGAAUGUGUUGUUACUCAUUUCAGACUUGGACCUCUCCCAUGAAGAGCAUUUCAUACUCGAUCAAAUGUACACUGAGUCUCGACAAAACCCGUCAAGGUCAGAGAGUCAGUAUGAGGUUGUAUGGCUCCCAGUCCUCGACAGAACAAUCCCAUGGAAUGAUGCGAAGCAACAGAAAUUUGAGGCCAUUCAAGCUUCGAUGCCCUGGUUCUCGUUGUACCACCCUUCACUGCUUGAUCCAGCAGUCAUCAAGUACAUUAAAGAGGUCUGGCACUUCAACAAGAAGCCUCUGCUUGUGGUGUUAGACCAACAAGGCAAAGUUGUGAAUCCUAAUGCAAUCCAUAUGAUGUGGAUUUGGGGAAGUAUGGCUUUUCCAUUUACUAGCUUGAAGGAGGAAGCACUUUGGAAAGAGACAACUUGGUCAAUUGAGUUAUUGGCAGAUUCCAUUGAUCAAUCCAUUGUUAAUUGGAUUGUAGAUAGAAAAUACAUUUGCUUGUAUGGAGGAGAGGACCUUGAGUGGAUCCGAAAAUUUACGAACACAGCAAAAGAUGUUGCAAAAGCAGCCGGCAUCACAUUGGAGAUGUUGUAUGUAGGAAAAAGCAACCCAAGGGAAAAAGUUCGGAAGAUCAGCAACACUAUCUUGGGUGAGAAACUCAGCCACAUAUUGUCAGACCCAACUCUCAUAUGGUUCUUUUGGGUGAGGUUAGAAAGCAUGUGGCACUCCAAGAUGCAACACGGUAAAUCUGUAGAGAAUGAUUCCAUAAUGCAAGAGAUCAUGACAAUUCUGAGCUUUGAUGGAAGUGAGCAAGGAUGGGCUGUGAUUAGUCACGGCACGGCUGAGAUCGCUAAAGCCAAAGGUGACACCAUAUUGACUAGCUUGACCAAAUAUGAAGAUUGGAAGGAUCAUGCUAAUGACGUUGGUUUUGUGAAUGCACUCAUUGAUAACCUUGAAAAACUUCACACCCCAUAUCACUGCAACCGUCUGAUCUUGCCUGGCACCACCGGAAGCAUCCCUGAGAAGGUUGUUUGUGCUGAAUGUGGCCGUCCUAUGGAUAAGUUCGUCAUGUAUCGUUGUUGUACUGACUAAGCUAUUAAACAGGUCUACAUACCCAGAAAAUAAAGUAGAAAAUUACCCAAAGUUUACUAUCAGUCUGGCUUUUCUUUCUGGGUUCAUAGACUUUGUGAUAAUCAUAUUUUAAGAAGAGUGAUUACUAGGACUACUAUUAUGACUACCCUUUUCUACAAUGUAUUUUCUCUGCAUGGAGUUCUCUUUCUUGCCUUUAUAUUAAGUGUGUUGUAAUGAUGUACUAAUAGUUUUGAUAAAUAAAUGAUGUGUAAUAUUUUGUGUUUCA